AUGGGUCUCCCACUAUUCAUUCCUCCGGUUGAGUCCGACGUAUCGUCCAAACCUUCUACGAAGAGCCGCUCGGAUCCAGCGCAUGCGCGAUCUUCCAUUCGUCGCAAUGAACGUCGUCGCCAACUCAAUGAAACUCGAGAGCAGCAUCGACUUCGCUUGGUAAAUGCAAUGCAAGCCACUGAUUCAGCUCUGACUGCUUUGCAAUCUCCGUCUGAAACUCGGUCCUUUCCACACCAAGCUGACACCCCUCGAGCAUCGGCUCGGACGUCAGCGCUCCAGAUCCCAAGUGCGGAAGAUGCAAGAAGCUCUGCGCAACCUGAUAUUGCUGAGAUACUUGACCGGCUAACUAGGAGUAACAUGCCUCGAAGCUCCGCCAUAUACGACUUGGACGAUGCUUGGAAUCAACUUGGCUAUAUGAUGCCUUCAGAUUUUCCUAGUAUCCAAUCUUCUUCAACUUCACGUCCUAACGCAUUACCAACUACAUCCCGUCAUGGACUUCCGCAUACCACCAGACGCACAAAUUUGAGGCGCGGGAUCGAUCGCAACAGUGAGGAGCCUCGUCCUCGACGCCCCCGCUAUGCUGAGCGCGACUUCGACCGGCUUCUGGCUAUCCGUGACGCUGAGCGCCGCUCUAGACACGCUACCUCGAUGAAUACCAUUGCUGCACGACAACAUCGACACGCCCAGCGGGCUAGGUACGUUGACGGACUCGGUGAUAGGGAUCGGAGUCUUAGCCCCGAAGGUGAUGGGGUUUGGGACACACUUCAAUCUACAUUGACCCCUGAUCCCCAACCGCCGAGUGUUGGCUCAUCUUUCGCAUCAGCCAUUUCUGCCAAUACAUCAGAUAGUAAUGGGGCCACCUCGGUGAACACAUCGAUGACAACACCAAAUGAAGAGGUAGAGCCUCCCUGCGACCCAGUCGUGGAUAAUCCCGGAAGUGAUGGUGAAGACGAUGUCGAAGAACGACCAUCGCGACAGACUACACCUCGGGAUUGGCGAUCUUAUGCAGAUGUUCUUGCCGAGGCACAAUCAGGACAGUCGAAUGAAUCUGCCGACGCAGGCGAUACUGAGAGAGAAUGGUUGUCAGGUAUGCACAGAAUUGUGGCGGGACUCGCCUCCCGAGUAGACAUCCCGGAUGAAUGGUGGGCUCAAGCAGGGCUGUCUCGCUCAAUGUCAUGGGAGGACUCCAUCUGA